AUGGUAGCUAAAGAAGCAAUUUCCUAUCUUUGGAGAAAUUUCCUAUGGAAAGGUAGCUGCGGUAUAAAAGGGUCUCACUUAAUCAACUGGUCAACAGUUACAAAGCCUAAGGAGGAGGGUGGGCUGGGUAUCUCGAGACUCCAAGUAACAAAUCAAGCUCUCUUAUCUAAGUGGCUUUGGCGCUACUAUUCGGAGCCUAAUUCACUUUGGAGGAGGUUAAUCCAUAUCAAGUAUAAAGGUAAACACCCAGGGGACCUUCCAUCAAACAUUUCCUUUAGCUCCUCAAAAGCCCCGUGGAGAUCUAUUAUCAACAACAUUGACUGGUUCAAAAGUAAUCAAGGUUGGGAUUUGAACAAUGGAGAUCAAAUCUCCUUCUGGUAUUCUAACUGGUCUCCAGAAGGAUGUCUCUCUACUGCCUAUCCCAGACUUUUUGCCAUCUCUAUCGACAAAGAAUCCUCAAUCAAGGAUGUGUGGAACUCAUACAGCAAUCAAUGGGAAAUUACUUUUAGAAGAAAGUUGAACGAUAGAGAGCUUAGUACAUGGCAGAAAAUUUUAGAGAAUCUUCCUAUUCCGAGAACUAACAGAGGACCAAGUAAACCUACCUGGAUUCCCGACAGCAAGAAAUUCUUCUCCAUCGCCUCUGCUAAAAGUUCAAAAACGGAGGAAGAAGACGGAUUCGUUCGAGAAGCUGAUCGGUUAAGAAGAGCUGCUAUAAAGGGCGACUGGAAGACUGCAAACUCCAUAAUUAGCAAAUAUCCAUCGGCUGUCACAUUGCAAGAAGACUGUUUUAUAACAGCUCUUCAUCUUGCUACUGUUUGUGACCAAUUCUCUUUUGUUGAAAAGUUGUUAAAACUUACCUCUGCAUCUGACUUAGCUGUCAAAGUUGAAGGAUUAACAGUUUUGACUUAUGUCGCUGCUUCAGGAGUUGUAAGAAUUGCUAAAUUAAUGGUUGACAAGAAUUGCCAACUUCCAAAUAUCAUUAAUGAUGAUAAAAAUUUCCCACUUUUAUUGGCGGUAGUUUUCAAACGCAAAGACAUGGUUUCCUUCCUAUUCGGCAAGACUAAUUUUGAAGCUCUAGAGACUAGUGGACAAAUUAAACUUCUCACGUUCACUCUCCUCGCUGAUUAUUAUGAUGUAGCUUUCCAGAUUUUAAAACUCAAACCUGAAUUAGCAAAGGAGAGGAAUGCAGAAGGUUACACAGCUCUCCAUGUACUAGCUUCCAAGCCAUCUGCAAUUAGUAGCAGCAAGGAGCUUAGCUCUUGGAAAAAACAUAUGAACUCCUGGUUCAAUGGAAUUUACAAUAAAGCUCUAAUGCAGACAUUAGCCCAUCAAAUUGUUGAUCUUUUAUGGAAUCAUGUUACAGAACAUCUUUCCCUAAAUGAGGUCGCAGAUCUAAUUGGAUCACCCACAUCAAUGUUGUUCGCUGCAGCAGAAGUUGGAAAUGUCGAGUUCCUGCUAAUAAUUUUUCGCCAAGAUCCACAAUUAGUAAUGCAUACUGUUAAGGAUAAUAAAGCAAGCAUAUUUCAUAUAGCAGUUCAAAAUCGACAAGAAAGUGUGUUCAGUCUUAUAUAUGAGAUAGGAGGGUUGAAGGAUGUUAUCGCCUUUAUGAAGGAUGAUAAAACUGAUUGCAACAUAUUACACUUAGCUGGAAUGUUAGCAGCUCCACAUCACUUGAGCAGAGUGUCAGGAGCAGCUUUACAAAUGCAACGAGAGCUUUUGUGGUUCAAGGAAGUAGAGAAAAUCGUUUAUAGCUACUAUACUGGAGAAAAAUGUAAGGGUCUUCCAAACCUUACUGGAGGGGAGACAAAAUUAUUAGAUCCCGCUGAUACACUCACACCUCGGCAACUCUUCUCAAGACAGCACAAACAACUACUAAAGGACGGCGAGGAGUGGAUGAAAAGUACGGCAAACUCAUGCAUGGUUGUGGCAACUUUAAUCACGACGGUGGUUUUUGCGGCGGCGUUCACAUUUCCCGGAGGCAACAAUGAUAAAGAUGGUACUCCUAUUUUCCGACAGAAUCAAGCAUUCACGGUGUUCAUAAUAUCAGAUGUUGCUGCUCUAGUAUUGUCUACAACUUCCAUACUCACCUUUUUGUCAAUUUUGACGUCGCGCUAUGCUGAAGAAGAUUUUUUGAUGUCGUUGCCAGGCAAGUUAUUGUUUGGGUUACUGACAUUGUUUGUUUCUAUUGCAUGCAUGGCGGUGGCUUUCAGCAUGACCUUCUUUAUUGCGUAUGAUAAAACAAACGCAAAGUUACCAUUGGCCAUUGCAGCAGUGACCGUCGUACCUAUUGGAUGUUUUUGUGUAUUUCACUUUAGACUCAUCGUUGAUAUAUUGCGAUCUGCUUAUUGGUCUUAUUUCUCUUUUAGAAAACGCAAUAUAAAGCUAUUUUAGUGCAA